UACAUUCUCAAUUCUGAUCCAAAAAAGACCUACACUAUCACUUUUCUCUCUCUCUCUCUCUCUCUCACUCUAAUAUCAGCUUCUGAGAUCGCCUGGUACUGAGUCACGUUCAAGUCAUAAGGGAAAAUGGGUAUCAUAGAAAAGAUCAAAGAAAUUGAGGCCGAGAUGGCUCGGACUCAAAAGAACAAAGCCACAGAGUAUCAUCUUGGUCAGCUCAAGGCGAAGAUAGCUAAGCUAAGGACGCAAUUGCUGGAGCCUCCAAAAGGUUCUAGUGGAGGUGGAGAGGGCUUUGAAGUUACCAAGUUUGGCCAUGGACGUGUUGCGCUAAUAGGAUUUCCAAGUGUGGGGAAGUCAACCCUUUUAACCAUGUUGACGGGCACACAUUCAGAGGCUGCUUCUUAUGAAUUUACAACACUUACCUGUAUUCCUGGGAUUAUACACUACAAUGAUACUAAAAUUCAACUGCUCGAUCUUCCUGGAAUUAUUGAAGGUGCUUCUGAAGGAAAGGGUCGUGGGAGGCAGGUUAUUGCUGUUGCCAAGUCUUCAGACAUUGUAUUGAUGGUUCUUGAUGCCUCAAAGAGUGAGGGUCAUCGUCAAAUACUGACAAAGGAAUUGGAAGCUGUGGGCUUGCGUCUAAACAAGAGACCACCUCAAAUAUACUUCAAAAGGAAAAAAACUGGAGGCAUUUCGUUCAACAGUACUUCUCCUUUAACUCAUGUGGAUGAGAAGCUGUGUUAUCAAAUUUUGCAUGAAUACAAAAUCCACAAUGCAGAGUUGCUGUUUCGUGAGGAUGCCACAGUUGAUGAUCUUAUAGAUGUUAUUGAGGGAAAUCGGAAAUACAUGAAGUGUAUAUAUGUUUACAACAAGAUAGACGUUAUUGGUAUUGAUGAUGUUGACAACUUAGCUCGGCAACCUAAUUCAGUUGUCAUUAGUUGCAAUCUGAAGCUGAACUUUGACAGACUACUAGCAAAAAUGUGGGAAGAGAUGGGGCUUGUAAGAGUUUAUACAAAGCCACAAGGCCAGCAACCUGAUUUCUCAGAUCCUGUAGUUCUUUCUGCUGAUAGAGGUGGCUGCACUGUUGAAGACUUCUGUAAUCACAUACAUAGAAGUUUGGUGAAGGAGGUGAAAUAUGUGCUAGUAUGGGGUAUAAGUGCCAGGCACUACCCGCAGCAUUGUGGCCUUAGUCAUUUACUUCAAGAUGAGGAUGUGGUUCAGAUUGUUAAGAAAAAGGAUAGGGAAGGGGAAGGACGAGGUCGGUUCAAGUCGCAUUCAACAGCGCCUGCUCGAAUAUCUGAUAGGGAGAAAAAGGCUCCAUUGAAGACAUAAUUCCAUUGACAGGUGCUACAAUGCAGACCUGUGGUUUUUGAAUGAAGUGGCAUGGAGGAUAUACUUUAAGAUAGAUAGAUCUAUUGGCUCGUGUUGUAAUUUGAGUUGUUCUUUAAAAGGCUGUCCUUUAGAAUAUACUGGUUGAUUGUAAUGCUAAACUUAUUGUAGCAGAUUUUGUAUUCCUUUUAGAGUUUCUUAUGGAAAUGAGAAUCCUACGUUGCAUUUAAAAAAAAAAAAAAAAAACGUUAAACUCCUUUUAGAAAUUUGUAAGUUUGCCUUGUGGUUUUCAGAUCCUAUGGGAAAAUACUAACAGCUUGCAUUCUAGGCAUGAAAACAUGUUAUCUGUAAGUUUGUGCAAAGGCUAAUAAGCUGUACCUGAUGCUGUUUCCUAUAAUGAAAUUAUUAUGGAUUGACAGU